AAAAGCAAGCGACAAGAAGAUUUUUAAAUUAUUUAAUUAAAAGCUGUGCAGGUGUAAAAGACGAAUGAGCUUCUACCGAUUGUGGACUGAAAAUUGUUUAUACGUAAAUACAUAAAAGCAGUGUAGUAACGGUUCAAUAACUGUACGAAUUAACCAAUUGUAAGAAGAAGUAGUGCAAUAUAAAUGAUAAUAAUAGAAAUAAAGACAUUUUAUGUGUAUUAAUAUAAUCCGAGUUUGCAACAAUAGAACUUACUAAAGAUUAACUUCUCUUCCACUAGCUUUCUAAAAAAAAAAACAAAAAUGUUCGCCACUACCAAAUCCACCAUAUUCGUUGCUGCCGUCGCUGUAGUACUGAUUUGUGCGCUUUCCUCGACCGUUGAGGGCUUGCCAUCCAUUGGACACUACGGCAAACGCUUUGACGCUAUGUCCGGUAUCGAUUUCAUUCAAAUCUGUCUCAACAACUGCGCCCAAUGUAAAAAAAUGUUUGGUGACUACUUCCAAGGUCAGACAUGCGCCGAGUCCUGCCUGAAAUUCAAAGGCAAGGCCAUACCCGACUGCGAGGACAUCGGCUCAAUUGCACCCUUUCUCAACGCAAUCGCAUAAAGAGUGAGAUCACCCAAGCCUGCCACCGCCAUCACUUGCUCACUAAGCCGCUGACUUCUGUGCUGCACGCUAUCUCUGCUCACCUUACGCCCACGCCAUUAGUAUUAAAAUCACAAACUCGGCGGCGUGGCUGCGUGUGCUAUAAAUGUAUUUGUGUGUAUAAUUAUAAUUUUGUGUGAAUUUGAACUUUGGCUUCGCUUCGAUUGUCUGCGUGACGUACGAAUCUUAUUUGGGUCAUUGCCAAUGUGAGCGUCGGCAGCAGCGCUACUUUUACCACUUGCUGAAUACGCAUCAAGCCAAAAAUCACUAAACAUAAAUUAGCUUAUUUAUUUUUAUUUGUGUAAUUUGCAUACUAUAUAUUAUUGAAAUUAAUAUACAUAUAUUGAAAUUAUGAACUCAACGAAACGCUUGAAAAUGGUUUACAGCAUUGAUGACCCCAUGCGGAUCUAUGCUAAACCAUAAGAGUGGAUAUAAGGAUGACCCACCUAAAUACUCCCUAAACCCACGGUAACAUAAAGUUCCUAAAUAACUAAUUUAUAGCAUUAUAUUUAUGUAAUUCAAUAGUACCAAUUAGUAGUUAUAUAAAUGGAUGUGUGUGCUUACUUCUUUAUACAUAUACAGUAGACUAGAUGCAAAUAUUGUAAAACUUGCAACGGAAUAACAUGAAAGAAUUAAUAAAAAUGAUGACAUUUCAUCUUCCAAA